UGUACAUUUUGAGAUGUACUUAUAAUUUGCAAAUCAUUAUCUGCUCUCUGAAUUUCUCGGUUGCUUCGGACUUCGCUUUCGGCGAUCGUGACAAAGUGAUCGUGCCUAUCUUAUGAAUCGAAACACAUCUGCAACCAGCGUGAAAUUACACAAACGUAGAGAGUGAAUCUCGGCUGGUAAAAUCGUAUUCCACUUGCGGCUUCCGCGUAAAUCGUAAAAGGCUGUGUUUAGAUCCACGCAUGUGGCGUUUCACUCUUGCUUUUCUAUUUUAUUGCCGGGGUCGCGCGUGUAUAUGUCCAAUUUUUGUAAGCAGCGUGAUUUCACGGGCGAAUCUAAAGAGCGCCGCGUUGAGCAACGAGUUAUUACGUAGAAAUUAUUUUCGCACGUGGAAGAAAUGACACAGAAUGCUGUAAAAAAUGCCGUCGUUGCUGGAAGCGCUGGAGCUGAAAUACGGCAGUUCAACAACGGACUGCUCGUUGACGGACGACGAGGCGGAGUCCGGUUCACCUAAAGCCGCUCUGUCGGUGAGCAUCUUCAUCCCGAAGAAAUCUCCACGGCACACGGUGCCGGCGCUACUGGUACUUCAGGACUGCGACAUCGAGUCGGCGGGCAACGACGCCGAGAAGCUCCGCAGCAAGUGCAAGAACGUCGAGGAGCUUGACCUGGCGCAGAACAAGCUGUCGCAAUGGACGGAGGUAUUCGGCAUCCUGCAGCACAUGCCCAAGAUCAAGUUCGUAAACUUGAGCUUCAACUGCCUCGCGGAGGUGCUGGACAUCAAGCACGGUAACUACGAUCUUCUGAGGAACCUUGUGCUCAACGGUACCAGGGUGUCCUGGUCGACGGUGCAGGGACUGGUACGGCUCCUGCACAAUCUGGAAGAACUCCAUUUAUCCUUAAACGAAUACAAAACGGUGGACCUGGAUCAUCAAAAGCAGGAGAACGUGAAUCCGGCACUGAAGAAAUUACACUUCACCGGCAAUCCCGUGGAAGUUUGGAACGAGAUCUCGAAGCUAGGGUAUUUAUUUCCGAACCUGAAGAGCCUCGUUCUCGCCGAGUGUCCGAUCAGGUCGCUCGGUUUGGAGGAAAAUCGGAAUUUGCCGAGCGAAGAUGGCCGCCGAGCGAAGGAGGAAGGCCACGGACAGGAUACCGAAAACAUGAAUCACUUAGAGGCGGAUGACACUUCGUCGGCGGACGAAAAGGGAAAUAGGAUAUUUGAGAGCAAAGUCAACUACGAUAGAUCCGAAUCGAAGCCGGAAUCCAAUGGAACAACUAUUAAAUCGCCCCACGAUCCCUUCAGGAAGCUAAGGUUUUUGAACGUAAAUGGUACCUUGCUAUCGACUUGGGACGAAGUCGAAAGGCUCGCCAGGUUUCCCGCGUUAAAAUCGCUCAGGAUCCAAGGCUGCCCGCUUUUCGAGAGCCCGCGAGAGUACACGGAACACGAGAGGCGGCAGCUACUAAUAGCACGACUGCCAAACGUCGAGACUUUGAACGGCGGCGGCGUGAUAUCGUCUCAGGAGCGCGAGGACGCCGAAAGGGCCUUCAUACGUUAUUAUAUGGACAAGCCGGAAGCUGACCGGCCCGAAAGGUAUUCCGAGCUCGUGGCUAUUCACGGAAAAUUGGACCCCUUGGUGAACGUAGAUUUGACACCGGAGAAAAGGGUCAAGGUCACGUUUACUUACGGAGAUCUUGUCGAGGUACGGUCUGUAGAUGUAUAUAGGACAGUUUUUGAAUUAAAAACCAAAUUGGAAAGUAUGGUGAAAAUUCCUGCCAACAGAAUGAGGCUUUUCUACGUUGAUCAGGAAAUGAAGGCGCAGUAUGGGCCGGAGGAAAUGCUGUAUCCGAACAAGCAACUUUAUCGAUACAACAUUAGGAAUGGCGACGAAAUCAUCAUUGACAGCAAACUGAAUCGAUUCGCGUCCACGUCUUCGGCUACAUCUUCCAUUCGUUCCUGAAAAAGAACGACGAGUGAAUCGUGCGAUAACGAAGAAAUCCAAUAAAUUCAACUCCUCGGAUCUUGAUCUCCACUUAUAGUCUCCAUUCGUGCGACGCCCGUCGGUGAACCGUAACGAUACUGUUACAGAUCGACGGAACGACGGCGUCGUAUACAGUUUUCACGAUUGCGUUUGUGAAUACCGCGAGUCUGUGAAAACCAAGAACUGUUACGAUCCAAGAAGGGCGAUUCGAGGGCGAUCAUUUUUCCUAUGUGGAAGUAUAUGGAGCUAAAUGUAUAGAAUUAGAGAUUUGCGGAUGUUCGACGUUACCUUAAACCGCAACAAUUUCAGAAAUAAUAGUGAGCACAUGACAUAAAGAGAAAUCGUGAAUCGGCGAAAACUCUGUGAAGGGCGAAAUCAUCUGAGAGCAACAAGCGUUUUCUCAUAAAUAACAUGUCUAGACAUUUUCCGUAAACCGUUGCGAAUUACAACCGUCAAUGCAUUUUGGUCGCAGCAAAUGAUCGUCCGGCACGAUUGUUAGAUCAUGUUUCUUCUAAUAAACUCAUCCAGAGACCUCAACGUAUAAACUUAAAUCGCUACUAACUAGCCUGGUGCAUAGAGAGUAAUUAUUGUGUCCAAGUGUACGAGCGUACACGCACUUAGAUGGGUAGUUAGUCGUCUUUUUUUUUUCUUUAACGUAGUUAAUUCUCGUCUGCCUUAGAAGACGAAGCAUAAUGAGAAAGCAGGAAUGUACAUAGCGAAUUUUAAUUUCCAGCCAAAUUUGACGUAGAAAAAGAGAUUUACCCCGUUUGCUCGACGAGAAAGAAAGAGAUAGGGACUCGUAGAAGAAGAUAAUUCGACUCAUCUUAGGGCGAUGCCAAGGACGAUUGCGACGAGACGACGCCGCCGUUGAGGCUGCUGUGGCGAAGAGAGCGAAAUAUUUUUGUAGAGAUCGCGGGCAGUUACUCCUCAAAGAAAGUAUAAAAGAUCCAAACGCGUUUUGUUGCCGCUUCUCGCUCGAGCACCGGGCAAUGAUAAAAGCGUGUAACUCAGUCGCGCAGCCACGUUUGCGUUCUUUCGCGAGAGUCGCUUGCAGAAGGAGAAACCUUGCGCGAAAUUUUCGAGUGCUUAAAAGAGUUAACGGAAUGUAUUUAUAUCGCUGGUUCGCGAAAGCGUCGUCCACUUACGUUGUCACCACGACAAGUGAUCUCUAUCCGAUGAUGAUGUAUACUUACAAGUAAGCUCUUUCCUCUGUAAACUCCGCGCGCGAGAUUAAAACGCACAGUUGUCACCAGCUCCUGAAUUGCGACGUGAACUGUAACGUAUCUCCCGUGAAACGCGGGAGAAAAUUUAUGAAAUCGCGCCGCGAGAGUGGUGUGCGAUUCAAGUUACGUUACUAUCGCGUCUAUUUUCGGUAUGUACUUAAUGCUACAGGUACAAUAUCUUUACUUCGAACGAUACUUCUUUUAAUUCUAAGGUAUACUAUUAAGGUAUACGGCAGCGUAUCGCAAUCGUUAUGUCGUGAGAUGGACGAACGUAACACGUUGACGAUAGCGAUAGAGCUGAUAUAAAUCGGAAAUGUGAUAACAAAAUGUGACAGAGAUAGCGUGUAAUUUACGUGCUACGGAUUCGUAAUUAAUCUCAAAUCUGAAAUGUAUACCUUUCCUUUCCAAUUCUGAACGCUACAGGUACGUCUCGUUGCAUUUACAGCUUGAGCCCCGACUUAGGGGGACGAACGAGCUCGCGAAAAGAAGCUAAGUAGAAACGUUGCGUUGCAUCGCUUUGUCUUUAAAUCCGCCGGCAGCACCGUGCCGUGAGACUUUCGGCCGAGCGUCAGAGAGAGACGGAAAGCGCGGACGGUGUGUAUCAGAUUUCGAUUUCUUUGCUCACAAGCAACGAAGCUUGCGGAGUCACUUAGUGCCUGUCUUUUACGUACUAGCGGUACUCGGAUACUUCUAACACUGCCCUGUGAAUACGUAAAACGAUUAAACGUAAUUCGGGACGACAAGGUUCUCGGUACAAUAACGAGAAACGUAGACCGAAUUCUUGGAGCAGUUAAAACUCCACUUGACCAAGAUUCAAUAAUCUUUAAAUGUCGUAGAGUGAAAAUUGCGCUCGUGCAAUAUUUCCUAGUGAUUUGUCAGUCUACUAAGAGUCAAAAUUUACUCUUACAUAGAAAAUUCAUUCCUAUAGGGUGAAAAUUUAACUUGUGUGUGAUUUUUCACUUUACGAGAUUUAGAGGGUAAUAAAAUUUUACUAUCAUUGUACAGAAUUAAUAAUGUCCUAGUUGUACCAAUUAUCAAUUAUAUAUAAGUAUUUCGGAACGCUUUUUUGUUUGCGAUCGGUUUGGAAUCAGUCGAUUUUUUUUUUUUUUUUUUUGCUACCGAAUAGUACUGCUGCUGAAGCAAUUUGGUCGGACGUUUCCCGAAGAUCGGAGGAGCACCGCGAUAAUCAGGGAAAUGUUAACUGUGAGAUUCCAGUGCCACUGCCGCGCGGCAUGGAAAGCGCGACUCGUUUAGUAAACAACGGAAAAUGAAAAUCAAUCACAAAGGAGGACAAGGACGAAGUGGUAGUGGGGUCUCACGACGCAUGUGUCUAGUCUCGGAAAAGGAACUCUGCAUUACUUUCAUUUUGUAAAAUACGAUCCUUUUUUGUGCUGGCGCAAAUGUACGUACUAACGAAAUAAAUCGUUUAUAUGGUAA